AUGCGAGCACGGAGCGCGGUCCUCCUAACCUCUGCGGCGCUCCUCCUCGGGGCGCUGCCACUGGUAGCAGCACAUGGCCAUGAGGGAGGCGAUAUGGAUAUGGAGGGUCCCAAGGUGACUCCAAUAGACCCAGACUCUCCUACAGCGAUUGCGCACAGAUUAGAAAGCUACUUUCGCCAUCCACAUUACUUCGGAUGGCAUCUGGCGCAUACAGUCUUGAUGGUCCUGGCCUGGUUCAUCGCAAUGCCCUUGGCGAUUAUGCUGAGCAUUGGGCGGUCCAGGUACCAUCUCCCAGCGCAGGUCUUCUUCCACAUCCUGAAUGGCCUCGGUGUCUUCACUGCAGUCGUGUACAAUGCUUCAACACCCGAUCUCUACCCUAACAACGCCCAUCACGGCCUGGGAUGGGCGACGACGGGCUUCACCAUUGCCUGGACAAUCAUGUCUUUCUACGUCGCGUACGGCGAGUACAAGAGCAAGCGAAGGGCAUCCCUCGAGCAGGGCAGGCCGUUGACACCUCAAAGGAUGGCAGAGUACAACCAGUUUCACGAUGAAACACCACCAAGGCAUUCAAGAGAUUCUGGCCAAGGAACCGAGCGCAACUCGGCGUCGCUUUUUGGCCACUCGCGCCAGAACUCUUCUGACUCUGUCUACCAGAAGCCAGAGCUGCCAAUCGACGACGACGACUUCGACGAGGACAAGGACCAGGAGCCGGAGAAGAGAGGCUUCCUCGGCAACAACAGGGUCGACAGAUUCAUCUCCAAGAGUGUGCGUCGCUUCUCAACACAGCGCGCUUCCAAGGUCGUUCGCUUCUGCCAGAUCGUCCUGGAGAAGUUCUUGUUGCUCUUGGGUUUCGCGGCACUGACCACUGGAUUUAUCGUCUCUGGAGGCCUCUUCCGUAACAGGCAGAUCUUCUCUGGUCUCGCGCACUACAUCAAGGGUGGCAUCUUCGUCUGGUAUGGCCUGCUCACUCUCGGCAGAUGGAUGGGAGCUUUCACCGAGUUUGGCUGGGCCUGGAACGUUCGCCCACAGCGACCAGUCGUCUCCAAGUGGAAGUCGAGGGUACCAUCUGCAGAGUUCACAGAGUCGUUCGUCAUCUGGCUGUACGGUGCCAGCAAUGUCUUCUUGGAGCAUCUGAACAACUGGGGUAGCGAGUGGACGGCCUCCGACCUCGAACAUCUCAGCAUCACCGUUCUGUUUUUCGGCGGCGGUCUCUUGGGGAUGUUGAUCGAGUCCAAGUGGGUUCGAGACUUGUUGAACACGACUGUCGAGGUGCAGAAGAGCAAGGAAGACCACCUUGCAGGCGCCUCCCGCUUCGCCGCAGGUGGAGCCGCAGAAGAGCCGCACGAUCAUGAUCAGCGCUGGGAAGAGCCAAAGACUUACCGGGUGCCAUUGAAUCCAAUGCCGGGGCUCACAAUCAUGUUGCUGGGCAUGAUGAUGUCGGCACACCACCAGCAGUCGAUGGUGUCGACCAUGUUGCAUGCGCAGUGGGGAGGUCUGUUCAGCGCUUUCGCACUGGCGCGAGGCGUGACAUACAUCUCCCUCUACCUCAAGCCACCGACGUCGCACUUCCCUUCGAGGCCGCCGAGCGAGAUCGUGGCCAGCUUUUGCUUGACAGCGGGUGGCAUUCUGUUCAUGAACAGCGCUUCGGACAUCGUCUGGGCGAUCGAGUCGAACGGCUUGGACGCUAUGACCAUCUUCACCGUUUCGAUGGGCCUGACCGGUAUCAUUCUAGGCUGGGAAGUCGUCGUGUUCGCCAUCAAAGGCUGGGCGAUGAGGAAAGAAAGAGCCGCUGCUGGAAAGCCGUUAGCGACGUCGUGA